CAACACUAAUCUGUUGCUUCGCAUUAAAAAUUUUUGCUUGACUUGACAGGUUCGUAGAAAAGUCGCAGAAGAAAAAGCUGUUCCGUCGGAAUUAAGGCAGCCACUAUGUCGUAUCAACUGUACCGCAACACCACGCUCGGCAACACCCUGCAGGAGAGCCUCGACGAGCUGAUUCAGUACGGCCAGAUUACGCCCGGACUGGCUUUCAAGGUUCUGCUGCAAUUCGACAAGAGCAUCAACAAUGCCCUAAACCAGCGGGUCAAGGCCCGCGUCACCUUCAAGGCUGGAAAACUAAACACCUACCGCUUCUGCGACAAUGUCUGGACUCUCAUGCUUAACGAUGUGGAGUUCCGCGAAGUGCACGAGAUCGUCAAGGUGGACAAGGUGAAGAUCGUGGCCUGCGACGGCAAGAGCGGCGAGUUCUGAACACCACCGACCCGAUCUGAACACCCAAUGUAACCCCACUAAACACACCAUGUAACCCCACAAAACACACCAUUAUAACCAUUACAAAUAGCUGUAAGAUUCGUAGGCGAUAAGCUGGGUUGGAAAACGAAAACCGACCGUGCGAUGCAGCAGGCAUUGCAAGAAAUACACUGUUAAUUCACAGUUCACCG